AUGGCGGCCCCAAUUAAGCCCCUCAAUGUCCUUAUGGUCGGGACCGGCGAGUAUACCACCGGGUUUGUAGGCGGGGGUGCUUCGAGCUCAGACAAGAAGGUCGGCGUCGUCGGCCUUACCAUGUUUGAUCUGCGGCGACGCGGGAAGGUGGGAAAGCUGUCGAUGGUUGGGACAUCGGGAGGGAAAUUCCCUGCGAUCCGCGAACAUCUCCACAAAAACAUCACCCAGUUUUACAACGGCCUCGACACCUCCUUCGAGAGCUACCCGGCCAACGACACGACCGACCCCCUCGCCUACAAGACGGCCAUCGACGCUCUCGCGCCCGGCGACGCCAUCACCAUCUUCACGCCGGACAGCACGCACUACCCGAUCGCGCUGUACGCCAUCGAGCGCAAGAUCCACGUCCUCCUCACCAAGCCGGCCGUGAAGACGCUCGCGCACCACCAGGCGCUGCUGGCCGCGGCCAAGGCGCACGGCGUCUUCGUCUACGUCGAGCACCACAAGCGCUACGACCCGGCCUACGCCGACGCGCGCUUCAAGGCCCCGUCCCUGGGCGCCUUCAACUACUUCUACAGCUACAUGAGCCAGCCCAAGAGCCAGCUCGAGACGUUCAAGGCCUGGGCCGGCGUCGACUCGGACAUCUCGUACUACCUCAACUCGCACCACGUGGACAUCUGCGAGUCCAUGGUGCAGGCGCGCGGCUACGCCCCCGUACGCGUCUCGGCCUCGGCCAGCAAGGGCGUCGCGGCCGCCCUGGGCUGCGAUCCCGCGACCGAGGACACCAUCUCGCUGCUGGUGCGCUGGGCCCGGAAGGGCGAGCCGGCCCAGCAGGCCACGGCCGUGUUCACGGCAUCCUGGACCGCGCCCCAGAAGGCCGGCGUGCACUCCAACCAGUCCUUCCACUACAUGGGCGCCCAGGGCGAGAUCCGCAUCGACCAGGCGAAGCGCGGGUACGACGUGGCCGACGACGCGGUCGGCCAGCUCAUGUGGUACAACCCGUUCUACAUGCGCUACGCGCCCGACGAGGAGGGCAAUUUCGCGGGCCAGGGCGGCUACGGCUAUGUGAGCUUCGAGAAGUUUGUGGAUGGCUGCGCGAAGGUGAAUGCCGAGGGGCCGGAGGCGCUCGAGGUGCUGGACCAGCGAGGCCUCCCGACGUUGAGGAAUACGGUGGCGACGACGGCGAUUCUGGAGGCGGGCAGAGUGGCGCUGGAUGAGGGGAGAGAGGUGGGCAUUGUAGAGGAAGCGGGAGUGUGGAAGUUGGUUUGA